AUGAACCGUGGAGAAUACCGUUCAAAACAUCAAGUGUACUCCAAAUGGGGGAAGAUGAACAAGGAAAUCAUGUUGUUUAAUGACUUGUGGAACAACAUGAAACGUCAAUGGAAAAGUGGAGAAAGCGAUGAAGUCAUUUUGAAGAAAGCGUUGAAAGUGUAUCAAAAAGAAAAUCUGAAGGCUUUCAAGUUUCUGGAAGUUUGGCAUUUUUUGAAAGAUAACAGGAAAUGGCUGAGUAGCAAAACAUUUGACCAACAUAUCGACAGUGGGUCAAAACGCAGCAGAACAUCUGAGUCCGACCACACUACAUCAGAUGCUCGUGUUCAGUUUGAUCUGAACGAAGAUGAACCUGUUCCAGUUUCACCACCUUCCCGACCAUUGGGAAGAGACAAAUCAAAAAGCAAAGGCAAAGGCAAAGCGUCGGAUUCAGAUGAUUUGAAAGAAAUGGGAACCGACAUGAAGGAUAUAAAAGAGAGAAUGGACAAGAUUUUGAAAAUUGCUUCUGAAAGAGAGCUUCGAAAACAAAGGGAGAGCGACAUGCGAAUACUAGCAAUGGACACGUCGAAUAUGACCGGGGCCAAGCUUGAAGUGGUUUUGGCGAUGAAAGAGGAAGUGAAAAACCGUUACGUGAAUCGUGACUAA